AUGUUAAAUUUGGGGGAAAUUGUUCGUUGGAGUACGGUUGACAGCAGCCCGCAGGCCGGUUGGGAUUGGGUUAUGCACGGCCAUUGCACAAUCAAUUCUGGCGACGUGGUGCGUUUGUUCCGGAUCGGCCUGAGACUCCAGAGGCUCGCGGGUGAUGGCGACAUUGAUGCUGGCGAAGAAUGCAUGGAUGAAUUGCGAGCAGUUUUCAAACUCCGCCUUAACAUGCCCACCGCAGUAGGCUCGGGCAGAGCAGACGUCAGGUACAAGGCGCACGCAAUGUUGCAUGGCGAGCGGCUGACUGCGCCCAGUUGGCGAGCAGCGUGUUCGCUUUCAAACUCCAUGUUCACGCUCACAGGAUUCAGGGUCACGAAUGGCAGGGGGUGGUCGCAUGCGCACGCGGUGCCCCCAUGGUUCCAUGGCGCCGUGCUUGCCGAGGGGGCACCUGUCGGCCUUCGAUUGGCCAUUACUUUUUUGCGUCGUCCGCUCCCUGGCCCUCCCGGGCAGCCGCCUCGCAGGGAUCGGCAACAUAUUUGCAACGCGU